AUUGAAACGAGGCUGUUCCAAACAAUGGAAGAUGAGAUUUUUCUGAUGCAUUGAAAUCUUAAUCCAAAUCCAAUUCCCCAUUACAUAAACAGAACCUCUUUUUUCUUCUUCUUAGUUCUUACAUUUCACUUAUCACACAAUUAACACACCUUGCUUAAACCAUUCGAAUGCUCUUUACCUCAAUUCACUGAUUCACUCUCUUUCGUGAAAACCUUCUAUUUUUAAUUUUCAACCUCUUUCUUCUCACUCACUCUCAUCACUCCAAAACAAAACCCUAGACUUCCUCCAAUCUCCGAUUCUCGCUUUCUACUUUGCUGCACCCUUGCGGGGAUGCUUUUUGGAGGCUUGGAUUGAAUGUGUGAAACAAAACUAGUGGAGAAUUUUUUGUGUUAGUUUUGGUGCUUCAAGUGAUUUUUCUAUUUUUGUGUUAGUUGCUGUUAGAUUGGUAGUUUUAGUUCAACAGCAAUUGGCGUUGGAUUGAGAAUUUUGCAUAUAUAAGAUAAGAUAGAUGUAUCAUCAAGUGAGCCAUGGCCCUUCUUUAGGACAAGGUGGUUCUCACCCUCCUCCGCCACCUCCGCCGAAUGCUUAUCAACAGCAACAACCUCCGCAUCAUCAUCAUCAUAAUCGCAAUCCUCCACCUCCACCACCACAGUUUCAGCAGGGUGGUCCUAUUCCGGUUCCACAAGGUCAUCAUAUGUACCUACAUGGUCAUGGACCACCCAAUGCACCUUCCACUAGUUCUGUGAAUCUUCCCUUUCAAGCUCCACCUGGAAUGGUGCAAAGUGCAGGGCAGUAUGGGAACAGCAUGGCGGCACAAACAUUUACUAGCGUUGGACAGAAUUUAGGGGCUCAGAGUCAUCACAUUCUGCCAUCUCCUCCUCCUGUGCCACCAUCUAGAGCACUACCACCUCCGCCGCCGCUGCCUGCAUCUUCCCAGGGGGAAAUUUUGUGUAAACCUCCUUUUGGUCUGCCUCCACCACCCCCUGCUGGAUAUGUUGGGAAUUAUCAAGUUCCUCCUGUUGCUCCCCCACUGCCGCCACUGCCAUCCUCUCCACCGCCUAUUCUGCCCCCUGCCCCUCCUAUGACUUCCACCUCUGGCGAGGUUUCUGGCACUGAGUUGAAGGCUGUGGAUUCGGUUGAAAAAGGUGUGGCUUCCUAUCCAUCUGGUAUUGCACCUAUAUGCAAUUAUGAUCCUAAUGGGGAGAGUGGAAGUUGCAGAGAGUUUGCUGCUUCUGCUGAUAGAAAUGAACUAUUGUCAAAUAAAAGUGGAAAUUUGGAUCCUCCCCCACCUCCGCCAUCAGAAGAAAAAACUGUUCAGAAGAUUGAAGCUUUAUGUCAGCUUAUUGCUGAGAAUGGUCCUGAUAUUGAAGACAAGAUUCGUCAAGAGGAGUUUCAGAAUCCUGAGUAUCAGUUUUUGUUUGGUGGUGACCAAACUGAAGCUGCAAUCUCCCACACGUAUUUCCUCUGGAUGAAGAAGAAAUACAAUUUGGAAGAUAGAUGGCUUGAGAAGAAAGCUGAAUCACAGUUAAGACCUCUAUCAGUAGACUCUACAGGGCCACUGUAUCAUCUGCAUGUUGCAACCGAAAAUGCUGAUUCUGACAUGGAGAUGGAAGGUCAGUUUGCUUUGUUGUGA